AUGAGGAGCAAAGCAGAGUUACAAAGUAAAUUCAAGAACUACAUGACAAAGCCCAUGAGCAAGGCAGAGUUACAAAGUAAGUUGAAGCACUACAUGUCAAAGCCCAAGAGAGCUUUACACAGGGCAAGAGACUUCUACGUGAAGAGCAUGGAGGAAUGUGCUAGUAAGGUAGGUUAUGGUGGAGUUAUUGGCUGCCCUGCUGCACCUCAAGCUUCAAGAUUGCCCAGGUGUUUCAGUGUCAACUAUUCAAAGCCGAAAAAUGAAGAGAAAUUCAUGAAUUUCUUAGAAACAAUGUCGAAGAAGAGAUCAAAGGAGUCAAAUUUGCAGGAAGAGGAGAUAAGGGAUGCAAUGAAAGAUCAGUAUGGUGGGUUGAAGAGAAGUUUCAGUACUAGCGUUGGCCUGGCGAGAAUUGAUGAGGACAAACCCUGCUACUUCGAAGAAGAUGCGUUGCAUGCCAGAAGCAAAAGUUAUGCUUACAAGAGAUACUCUUAUUAUUGA